UGUAACUAGCUUACCGCAGCUUCAGGUUACAACACUUGCUGGAUCUUCGUUGCUGCCGCCGCUGAGCUGCUUACAUGUCAGCCGGGCAGCAGCUGAAAACUUUCCUCCUGUUCGGCUUUGUGGAUUUCCUCGAAGCGCCGAAGAAAUGACUUUACGGUCGAGGAUUUGAAUCGGUCGGGGUGUUUUUGAGUACUUGAAGCCAACAGAACUGAAGAACCGAGCCGUUGACUCUUCAACAUGAGAAGCAGGAGCAACUCGGGCGUUAAACUGGACAACUAUGCCCGGAUGGUGCACCAAACUAUCCUGAAACACCAAGAUCCAGUGACGGGUCUUCUGCCAGGCAGCCCAGAUCAGCCGCACUCCUGGGUCAGAGACAAUGUGUACAGCAUCCUGUCCGUGUGGGCCCUCAGCCUGGCCUACAGGAAGAACGCCGACAGGGACGAAGACAAAGCCAAGGCCUACGAACUGGAGCAGAGUGUGGUGAAGCUAAUGAGAGGUAUCCUUCAGUGCAUAAUGAGGCAGCUGGAUAAGGUGGAAAAGUUUAAAUACAGCAGAAGUACCUCUGACUCGCUGCACGCCAAGUACAACACCAAGACCUGCGCUCCUGUUGUUGGGGACGACCAGUGGGGUCACCUACAGGUGGACGCCACCUCGCUCUUCCUGCUCUUCCUCGCUCAGAUGACCGCAUCCGGUCUGCAUAUCGUCUACACCCAAGAUGAGGUGGACGUGGUUCAGAAUCUCAUGUUCUACAUCGAGGCGGCUUACAAAGUGGCUGAUUACGGGAUGUGGGAGAGAGGAGACAAAACCAACCAGGGCAUCACUGAGAUUAACGCCAGCUCCAUAGGGAUGGCCAAGGCAGCUCUGGAGGCUUUGGACGAACUCAACCUGUUUGGGGCCAAAGGGGGUCCUGGAUCCGUGGUCCACGCCUUGGCUGACGACAUACAGCACUGCCAGUCCAUCCUGACGUCGAUGUUGCCCAGAGCGUCCAUCUCCAAAGAGGUGGACGCCGGAGUCCUGGCGAUCAUCUCCUAUCCCGCCUUCGCCGUGGACGACAUGAGCAUCGUCAACAUGACCAAGGAGGAGAUCAUUUCUAAGCUGCAGGGUCGAUAUGGUUGCUGCAGGUUCCUCAGAGACGGACACAAAACCCCUAAAGAGGAUCCAAACCGUCUGUAUUACGAGUCCGCAGAGCUGAAGCUGUUUGAAAACAUCGAGUGCGAGUGGCCGCUCUUCUGGACCUACCUCAUACUGGAUGGCAUUUUUAUCAACAGCCCCGAGCAGGUUCAGGAGUACCAGGAGGCUCUGGAGGGCAUCCUGAUCAAGCAGAAAGACGGGAUACGACUGCUGCCGGAGCUCUACAGUGUCCCCCCGGAUAAGGUAGAGGAGGAGUAUAUGAACCCACACUCUGUGGAGAGGAUCCCGAUGGGCAAAUGUCCUCUGAAGUGGGGACAGUCUCUCUACAUCCUGGGAAACCUUUUGUCCGAGGGAUUUCUUGCCCCCGGAGAGGUCGACCCUCUCAACAGACGUUUCUCCACCAUCCCAAAGCCCGAUGUGGUCGUGCAGGUGUCAGUCCUGGCAGAGACUGAGGAGAUCAAAGAGCUGCUGCUGAAGAACGGCAUCGUUGUGGAGACUGUCGCCGACAUCCACCCCAUCCACGUGCAGCCCUCCAGAGUCCUUAGCCACAUCUACGCCAGACUAGGUCGUAACCCGAGGUUGGGUCUGACGGGACGACCAUACAGGAGAAUAGGAGUGCUGGGAACCUCCAAGUUCUACAUCAUCAGGAACACCAUGUUCUCAUUCACACCUCAGUUCCUCGACCACCAUCAGUUCUAUUUGGCGUUGGACAACAAGAUGAUCGUGGAGAUGCUGAGGACUGAAAUCGCUUACCUGUCGUCCAGGUGGAGGAUGACCGGACGGCCCACCGUCACUUUUCCCAUUUCACAGACCAUGUUGACUGAAGACCACACAAACCUGGACCCUGCAGUCUUGGCCACACUGAAGAAGCUGCAGGAUGGAUAUUACGGAGGAGCAAGGAUCCAGACGGGGAAGCUGUCGGAGUUCUUGACCACUUCCUGUUUCGCUCACCUGAGCUUCCUGGACGGUAAGGGUUCUGGCAGCAUGAGCCGCCACGACGAAGAGUAUGAUGAUGAGCGUGACGGCGAUGGAUACGUGCAUGAGUUACGUUGUGAUGAUGAGGCUGAUGACCUCGCCCAGUACCUGGACCACCUGCUGGCUCAUGCUGCCCCCAAGAAGCCUAAGCAGCAGGUCGGAGGGGGUCUGGGGAGGUUCAAGGCUGUGGCCACCAAAACCAAGGAGAUGGUGGCUCUGAAGCACAAGGCUCAGAACCUGAACGUGCAGAAUGUCAACAUGUACCUGUCGAACAAGCUGUUUCGCUCCCCUCAGCCUUCGCUCAACCUGAACCUCCCGGACGCCUCUGCGCCACAGGAAACUCAAGCUCCGGGGGCGUCGGCCAUCACAGAGAGCGGCAUCCCCAGAGAUGCCAGCGGCGCCAUCGACUACAACGCUUUGGCCCAGCUGCUGAAGGACAUGCAGAGUCUCCAGGACCAGGCGGAUAUACUCUACAUCCUCUUCAAAGACAAGGGCAUGGAGUGGGACACCCGUCUGCACGGUAAAGGCACCACGGUGAGAUCUCUGCUGACUGACCUUUACGAAAAGGCAGGUGAACUGAAACACUGGAGCCUCAUCAGGAUGACCUCCGGCAUGCUGAGGAAGAAGGUGGAGGAGCUCGACUCGGCCUGCUCUGAUUUGCUGGCGCACCAGAAGCAUCUGACGGUCGGUCUGCCUCCUGAGCCGAGGGAGAAAACCAUCUCCGCUCCCAUCCCCGCGGACCAGCUGGCUGCCCUCAUCGACGAGGCCAGCGACAACAACAUCAGCGUGGCCAUACUCACUCAGGAGAUCAUGGUGUACCUGGCUAUGAGCAUAAGGGCUCAGCCCAGCCUGUUCAGCGAGAUGUUCAGGCUCCGUAUUGGUCUCAUCAUCCAGGUCAUGGCCACCGAACUGGCCCAGUCGCUCAACUGCUCAGGAGAGGAGGCCACAGAGACUCUGAUGAGUCUCAGUCCAUCAGAACUGAAGAAUCUCCUCCACCACAUCCUCAGCGGGAAAGAGUUUGGAGUGCAGCGCAGCGUUAGAGAGGUAGAUGCCGGCAUCAGUCCUGCCAUCUCCAUCCAUCAUCUGGGCAACGUGGGCGCCACCAAGAGCGAGAGAGCCGGCAUCAGCAAACUGAAGAGCGACAUGAAGAUGCUGGAGCACAGGUUGUCUCUGACGGAUCCGAGUAAGGCCGAGCACAGGUUGUCUUUGACGGAUCCAUUUAAGGAGCCCAGGUUGUCUCUGACCGAUCCCGUUGCGGAGAUGGACCGCAGGGUGUCUUUAACUGAUUGUUCUAAGCUCGAACAGUCACUGACUUCUCCUCGCAAGAGCUUGCGAUCUCAGUCUCUGGAAAUAGAAAACAUUGAAUCUGGGAGGUACAGGCUGCCGUCCAUAGAGUCUCUGGAUAUUCCUGAGAGCUUUCCGAGUGUUAAAGAUACCAGACACGGCCAAUGGCUGCGCAGGAGGCGUCUGGACGGAGCGCUGAACCGAGUCCCUGUUGGCUUCUACCAGAAGGUCUGGAAGAUCCUGCAGAAGUGUCACGGUUUGUCCAUAGAGGGAUUCGUCCUUCCGUCCUCGACCACCAGAGAGAUGACACCAGGAGAGAUCAAGUUCUCUGUCCACGUGGAGACGGUUUUGAACCGCGUCCCUCAGCCUGAGUACCGACAGCUGCUGGUGGAGGCCAUCCUGGUGCUCACCAUGCUGGCCGACGUGGAGAUCCCCAGCAUCGGCUCCAUCAUCCACGUGGGGAAGAUCGUCCACCUGGCCAACGACAUGUUCUACAAGGAUCAGAGGGACCUGGGAGCAGAGGAGACCAUCCUCGAGAAGGACCCGUCCACCGGAGUGUGCAGGCUGCUGUACGACAGCGCCCCCAGUGGCCGCUUUGGGAGCAUGACCUACCUCACCAAGGCCGUGGCGGUGUACGUGCAGGACUUCCUGCCCGGCGGGUCGUGUGCGGUACAGUGAAGGGUCGACCCAUGAAGCCAGAGGAGGGGUGAAACCACUCGUGGAAAAGCUUAAAUUUAGGACAUUUCUCACCUUGAAAUAAUAAAAACAAACAAACUCACAUGAACUGUCUAAAUCCCUUAAAACUGUAUGUGUUAAAGGACUGUUGACACCAGUAAACCACAUUACUCAGCACAUUAACCUCUCACUGUGUGGCUUAGAGGAAAAGACAAAAGCAGCAGUAUAUUCAGAGUAAAUAGUGCCUUUGUUGGGGACUGUUUUCUCUUGGCCAGACCAGUUCUUAAAUUGACAAAGAUUCAUUUUUGCCAUUUUUAUGGGAGACUGAUGUAUUCAUUUGAUCACAGGGGAUUAAUGUUUAUGAUGGUGUAUUAGGGCCUUUAGGGAUAGAAAGAGUGACAAGGAAAAAAAAACUUCUUAUGAGAUUUUAAAGUCCUAAAUUAGAGAGAGAAAUCUCACAAAUUCUCAGAGAUUAAAAGUCACAGAUUUACAAUCUCAGAAGUUUUUUCUCUGUUACCCCCCCCUUCCCUGCUCCCUAAUUUUUAUUUAUAUUUUUUUUUCACCCAGUGGUCCUUAUACACCAUCAUAGUUUGUUGUCUUUUUUCAAACCUUUUUUCACCCCACAUCUCAUCGCUCUGAGUUCAUCAUUAACUUCACACACAAACAAACCCUUGUUUUACAAGAUCAAAAUAGUUACUUUUAUUGAUCCUGCCACGUGUGCUUUGCUAAAACUCACGUCACUUUACCACCAGUCCCCUGUAUGAUGUAAUAAAUAUUAGAUAACCUAUCUGCUAUUUAUUUUAUAGUUCUAAAAAUACUGAUAAUAAAAGGAAGCUAAGAUAGACGUCCAGGGGGGCUGUGUGGGAGAUGCCUUAACUUUGCUGCGCUUGCAUGUUUGAUUAUUAAGCAUGCAAACAAAAACAAAAGCAGACUGUGUGAGAUUGUUUUGCCGAAUGCAGUGAACUUAGUUUUGAAUUCAGUGACUUCAGCUUAGUAAGUGCAAUUCAGACUUAAUGCCUUAAUCUACAGCAGCUAAACUGUAAUUUUGUUUGAGUUUUGCUUUUUCUUGACUUGAAACUUAUGGCCAUUCAUGCACAUCUGUCAUUUUAGUUUAAAGGAGCAUUGUGAGAAAAAUAAAAGAUGUCACAGGGAAAUGAAGGCAAUUCAGCAACAUACAUGCUGUAACUUGUCAUAUUUGAAUGUGUGAACUCUGCACUCCAUGCGAACUGCAAAGAGUCACGGCAGAAUGAGAGUGUGUCCAUGUCUGAAGACCGCCCUUGGGUGUUUUUGUUGUUUUGGAAACUAAUUCUGUAAUAAAACCGAGAAAGCA